UCAAUAGAAAUUUCAUGCGGACCGUCGUCUUUAGGUUCCAUUAUUUACUCAGAGUAUUGAAAAUCUAUACGUAACACGAACUAUAGAUUUUCAGUACUUGCAGCGAAUUUUGGAACGCAGCCUAUAUAUUAGAGAGAAAAAACAAAAAGUAGACAUUCAAGAUGGAGCUCACCAAACGUAUAUUACGUUUUAUUUACAUUUCUGUUAUCGUAUUUCGCGUGCCGCUAACAACAACCGUCACAACGCCGUUGGCGCCAACGAUCGAAUCUACCGUCGUGUCUACUGUCACCGAUUCAAGUACGACAGAUGAGGACAAGGUGGAGAUGCCAAGGGUGCCGCUGACCGAGCAGGUUAUGGACCACAACAUACGGGUGAGCGACGUGCCCGACGUGGACCCGGAGGCGACGGACGUGCCUGAUUCUAGCUUGGACAGGAAUCGUGUGAUCCGGGACGUGGCAUAUUUUAUUCGCGCUCACAAGUUCCACGACUACGAUCGUCGGUACUACAAGGGCGCGGAGGAGGCUAAGAGUAGACUGUACGAAGAGUUCCCGAAACCUGGUCUGAGAUCUUUGCAUUGGGAGGUGCGUAAGCACUGCGAGGCCAGUUUUAUCGAGUGCCUGAAGUAUCUCGAAAGAAUCAUUAGGCUUACGACCCUCAGGCGCGAGGACGACACCAUCACAGUCAUGAGAGAGCAGAAAUGGAAUGAGGUGAACAAUACCGAGCAGAUUAUGGCCGCUCAAAGAGACUGCCAGAUAGCCCAAAGGCGGGACAAUUUCACCGCAGUUCCGUUUCAGGGUUCAAUCGGCAAGUGCAUCGAUUCGUCAUGAGUAUACCUAAUCACGUCGGAACAUUAAGCUCGAUUUGCACAUGCUAACGGCUAAAUCGUUUUCCGAUCGAAUAACCGAACUAAGCGAUAGACUUGA